GCCGGUGUGGUGUGAGGUUACGUGGAGGGGGGAGCGCGCCGGAGGCAACCUGAGGAGUUGCUCUGGCGGAGAUGGCCGGGGCCCCGGAGAGGAAGAAGCAGGUUCGCUUCGCCCGCCUGGGAGAGGACCAGGAGGAGGACGAGGAGGAGCUGGUGGCAGCGGCGAAAUCGCGGGGUUCAGGCGCUGGCUCUGCUCGGGGCGCGCUUCAGUCGGAGGUGAUCGUGGCUGACCGAAGCGGCCGAAGAAGCCGGGCGGGGGGCGGCCGGCUGACCCAUCGACAGCUCCAGGGAGCGGCGGCGGCUCCGCGGCGCGUGCUGAAAUGGUGCAUUUCGGCCGCCCUUUGCGCGGCUUUCCUGGGCCUGGGUAUGGCCAUUGCUGUCCUAGGGCCUACAUUUCAAGACCUGGCUGAAAAUGUGAACAGAACUGUUAGUCAAAUAUCCUACAUCUUUGUGGGUCGCUCAGCAGGCUAUUUUGGUGGUUCUUUGAUUGGUGGAUUACUGUUUGACUGCAUGAAUGCUCAGCUUCUCUUGGGAUUAUCUAUGUUGGGUACAGCUAUAGGUCUGUAUAUCAUCCCAUGGUGUAAGAAAGCACUUUUGUUGACAGCAAUGAUGUCUGUCAUUGGUUCUGCAAUGGGUGUCCUGGAUACAGGUGGCAAUGUUCUUGCCUUGGCCACAUGGAGAGAAGAGGUUGGUCCUCAUUUGCAGGCCUUACAUUUCAGUUUUGCCCUGGGUGCCUUCGUGGCUCCCAUCUUGGCUAAAAUGGCUCUGAGUGGCUCCACUACCGAUCCUGAGGUCCAUCUAAAUAGCAGUGAUGACAAUCAGGCUUCUCUGAAUUCUGCUGAUCUAUUUGGGCUGAAGCUACAUUUAAACACAAACUUGCUGUGGUCUUAUGUUCUUAUAGGCACUUAUCUCUUGCUUGUUGCAUUGACUUUCUUUAUCUUAUACUUGAAGAGAAAUCAUAUUCAAGACAGAACAAAGCUUUCUGUGCAGAAAUACCAGACUGCCAAAUACCAUUAUGCCCUUAUAAUUCUGCUUUCCAUAUUUUUUUUCUGCUAUGUAGGAGCUGAGGUGACCUAUGGUUCCUAUAUUUUUACUUAUGCAAAAAUCUUCAUUAAUAUGAAAGAAAAUGAAGCAGCUGGUUUGAACUCUCUCUUUUGGGGAACUUUUGCAGCUUGCAGGGGACUGGCAAUCUGUUUUGCCACAUGCUCCUACCCUGGAACUAUGAUUCUGUUGAGUAUCAUAGGCACUACUGUGUCAUCUUUGUUACUGGCACUGUUCAGUACACACCCAGCCUCCCUGUGGCUUGGCUCUGCAGUGUAUGGAGCAUCAAUGGCUACUAUCUUUCCCAGUGGAAUUUCCUGGCUUGAACAGUAUACCACCAUCGAAGGGAAAUCUGCAUCCAUGUUUGUAAUUGGUGCUGCUUUGGGGGAGAUGUGCAUUCCUGCAUUGGUUGGCUUCCUUCAAGGACACUUUCCCACUUUUCCUGUUCUUAUGUAUGCUUCAGUGGGAGCAGCAGUGAUGACAGCAGUGUUGUUUCCUGUGAUGUAUAAAUUAGCUACAUCACCCAUUGAUACUAAGCUAAACAAUGCUGGAGAUGGUGAAGUCCAGGAAGCCUUGCUAUCCAACUCUCAUCUUGACGAUGAUGAAGAUGGCAGAGAAUGGAAUGAAGUAGACUUUGAAGUAAUUGAGAUGAAUGACACAUUGAGGAACUCUGUCAUAGAAACAUCCAAGAAAAUCCAAGGGGAGACCUCAGCUACCAUUUCUAGCCAUCCUUCUUUAGGAAACACAACAUUUAAUUCUUCUCCUGUGCUUGAUGUCAGUGCCCCAAGACUAAAGAACACCGGUACAGACCAGGAUAAAAAUGAUUAAGGCUAUCUUACAUGAAAUAAGAGUUUUAGUGGGAACUUCUAUUCUAAAAUGAUUCAGCAGUUCCGUAGUGGUAAACUUGCCAAAUCCCAAUUAAGGUUGUUGAUUGUGAGUGAAAGCAAGUACCAAAGAAUAAUCACGUAGUGGAGGCCAUUAUAUGACAAAACUCAGGAUUUUAUGUUUCCUGAAUGUCAUAUUGAAAUGGGAACUUUGAAAAGAUCAAAGCUGUCAUUUUACUGGUGGUUUCAUCUGCUGAUCUAAUUGUAGGUUUUUUUGAUUUUUGGCAGUGAGAGUAGCUUUUACUUAGUAAGCAUCACACCAUAGUUUAUAUCAGAGUAAUAAUAAAGUUUGAGAACACUAUGAAUGGUUCUUAACCAAAAGAGGUACCAGUCUGUGUUCCAAAGACCUUGAGUGCCGUUUUUAUAAUAUAGUUGUUGAGAUCAAUUUCAUUCCAAAACCACCUCUGAGAAAUAAAACCCUUUUACUUAAAAAAAAGUUCUUGCAGUUUAAAAAAACUGCAUCUGUAAUACCAUUCAGAAGCAUUUGAAACUUCUUGCUAGUAUAGACCAUUCUUGCUGUGUAAUUGCUGUCUGUUUAUAAUCAUUAUGAUACUGCUUCAUGGGUGAGUUGCAAAGGUCAGUUUUUCUUUAACCAAGGCAGCCUUCAAUGUUCAUUUCAGUGGUUCCUUCUGUGGGAACAAGAGGGGCCAUACAUAUCAUUCCUCCUUUAAGAGGGAGGGACACUCUUGUUUCCUGCCCAACAGCUUUUAAGUCAGUAUCAUUUUAUUGUUGAAAGCACAGUGUGAUAGCACUAUGCUGGGCUGUACUAGAAGGGAAAUGCUAUAAUUUAAAUUGCUGCAGGGAAAUGACAUGGCAUCCUCUCUACAAGAUACUCACCCUCGGUCAAGCCACAGUGAGGAAGCAUUUUUGAUAGAAUUUGCAGUGUGUGAACUUUAAAAAAAUAACAUGCAGAAGGAUGAGAGUGUACAUUCAAUAUGCCGGCACUCAGAACUAUAAUGUUAAAGUCAGGGUCUUGUACAACAGGUUCUAUCAAAAAUGACACAAGUCUUCACAAAUUUUUUUUAUUUUUUGCAUCAAGUAGGGUUUUGUAAAUGAACAAGUUUAGGAGAUGGAGGACUGCAUAGAGGCCAUAACCCCAAUAAGGAAGAGAGAUGCAACUUAAAUUUGUUUGCAUAUUCUUUUAAUAUUAUUAAAACAUCUAUAUUCUGCCUUUCCAGGUAGUUCAUGGUGGCUUACAAUAAUAAACAUUUCCAAUUAAAACCCAAAAAAAUUUAAAAAUCAAAAUGAUUGUUUCAGAAGGAUUUGUUGCUUUUAAGCGGGAGCUCUUUGUCCUUGCUACGAGACAGAAAUACUUGCCAAAACAGUGAGAGAACCUAGAGUUGGGGAGAUAUACCUGGUAACUUUUGUUGAGGAAUUGGGAUGUACAGGGGAGAGAAUUGGGGUGGUGCUAUGCAGAUGUACUCUGUUUCUGUAAUCACUGCUUGGUAAGUGACCUUAAGUUUAAGUGGCGAGAUACCAUGGAACUUCAUCGACAAAUAUUAGAGGAAUUGAAGUUUUGUAAGAUGAAAAUUAUUUUUUGCUAGAAAAUACUAAUACAAAGAACCUACCUCAUGAGGAUGUUUUGAAAAAAGUGUAUUAAUAUUAAAAGGCUAAUGAAGCAAGUGUUGAACUUGUUAACAUUAGGAUACAGUUGUACAAUUCUGUGGUUCAAAAUUAUAACUUUUCACCAUGGCUAGAUCUGUAAAGAGUGCUAUCUACAUGUAAAGUUCAGUUAAUGUGUGAAUGUCUAGAAUUUUAGUACUGAUUGCACUGAGACUCCUAACUUGGUGCCCUGGAGCCUAACAUUUGUUCCCCUCCUACAAGCAGCACGUAUGCUUGCAUGAGAUCGCUGCAGAAUCCCUCCCCGCAUUGCCCCCCCUUUUUUCCAAGGGUCCGCUGUGAACCUCCACAGCUGCAUUUUAGGGAGCAUAGCAGGCUGCGAUGGAAAAGGGGAGGUGGGAAAGUUUCCUUUCAUAAGCUCUGUUUGUAGUGCAUGGGAUCUGUCCCCCUUCCAGAUACAAAGAGAUACUUUAGCAAUCACAAGGCUGUGGCUAUGCUCAGUGAAAUGUCUCACUUUUUCCUCCUUUGGCAAAUUCCGAUAUCACAAAUGGUUUUUAUUACUGUUCCAAUUUUCAAAACACGUUUCAGUGCAGCAUGGGGAACUGCUGCUGGAGAAACACAUCGAGAGCUUCUUUAUAUAUGCCAAAUUAGUUUUUUUUUAAUUCAGGCCAAAGUAUUUUAGAUGUUGGCCAUCUAAUUCAGGAGCAGUUUAGCUGGAAAGAGCUGAUGGGAAUAAAACCAGGAUCAUGUUAACUUUAUAACCAACUAAGCAAUAACCUCAUUUUUUAUUGAGUUACUUGCAUUGUACAGAUCCUUACAUGAGAUGUAAGUGUAAAGACUGCAAAAAUAAAUUCUGUUUCCCUUCGGAAAUACGGUUCUCCCAACAGUGAAAAUAUAUUCCUGUUAUUUGCACUUUGUUUUCUACACUGUAAAUGUGGCAUUAUAAAGCAGGUCACAACUCUGCACUUUGAUUGUGUCAAUUUAAUUAGAGUAAAUGUGACUUGCCUUAAAUGUAACAGCAGUUGUAGAGGUGUGACCUAUGUGUGUUUUAGGGCUUUCUUCAAUGACAGUGGCUUCAUAAUGUACCUGCGGCUUGUGGUCGUAUUGCUUGUGUUUACAGAGUCUUCAGGAACUGUUGAUUUUCUUGAAUAAUAAAAAAAACCCCUUUACUACUA